AUUUCUAAUGAUUGACAUUGUAAUCAUAUAGAUUUUGCAAUAGAAAUGCAAGUCUAAAAAUUGGAGAAAUAAUUUACCUUCACAAAAUAUUUAUCAUAUUUUAAAAUAAUAAACAAUUCGAUUUGAUAGUUCUCAACCUUAUAAUAAUGUUGAACAUAAUGUUGCUAGAAAAACACUCAAGAUCAAAUGGAGAUGUUAUUAUAGUAUAUAACUCUUUGGAUUGUACAAGGAUAAUGUCUAUUUAGGUUUUUAUGAUGAAUUUUUUGUAGGAUUAUAGAUGUAUUUUAAGGAGAUUUUAGUGAUGCCAUAUAUUAAAAAAUUCCAAAAGGUUAUAAUAGAAAUUAUAAAUAAUAAUUUAAAUAUAUUAAUUUAACCAAAACUAUUAUUCUAUAUAGAGCUUAAUGAUAAAAAUAUUAGAUUUAAGGAUAGUGAAAUUAAAGAUAUAUAUCGAUUCGUUACAGCGUGACAUAACAGUCCGCGUUAUCGAUUCGAUGGGACAGCAGCGGCUCAAAAUAUCUUACCAGGUUCGGUGCGCCGUUACGCUCGGUCGUCGCGCCGUUAACGUGUCUUCGUCAUGUUCCGUAUCCUCUGGUAUAACGAAAACCUGCGGGUCGGUGAACCCAGAGAGAUCCAUAAAUGUCGAGCACUUCCUCCUCCCCCAAGCCCUACUCCGUUCAUCGAAAUCCCGUGAUCGAUCCCUAGAUUCGCCUCGUGUUGCUUCUGCUACUCUCCGAGAUCUGCCUUCUCGCGGAUCAGGUUGAGAUUUGGCUUCGUUCGAGUCAGUCGAAGCUCGGCGAAGCUGCGUGGUUUCGGAUCCUUGGGGAAGUGGUUUUGCGGACAAAGAUUGGACUUUCGUGGGAGUUGAGAGCUUCCGAGGUUGCAGCCGUCGGCGAUUUUUGAGAUCAUUAGAUCGGUGCAUUCCUUCCUUUGUCCCGGUGGAAAAAAGAUCUCAGCUUGCUUUCAUCGUCAAUGUAACCAUGACAUUUGAGUUGAACAGGAGGAAAUCCAUCGGAGGAUCUUUGUUCGCGAGCGUCCAAAGAGAGUGCUUGAUUGCCCAACAAGGGAACAUGCAGUCCAAAUCCCGAAUCCAUGCAGACCCCUCCCUCUACCAGGACCACUUCGAUCAAAUUCCAGACUCCCUUGUCCUCCUCAUCUUCAACAAGGUCGCCGAUAUCCGGUCCCUCGGCCGCUGCUUGGCCGUGUCAAAACGCUUCAACAUCCUGGUCCCCCAGGUUCACGACGUGUCUGUUAGGAUCGACCGAGAUGUGUCGGUGGAUGGUGACGCCGAGGAGGCGUUGACCCUGUCUUCCCCUAAACCUCGAAACCUCCUUGCACAUCUCUUGAAGCUCAUGCUGUUCGCUAUUCUCAAGCCCUUUCAACACCUCCAGAACUUUACUGCCGGGCAUAAGCCUCUUUUGCCGCAUCUCUCCCGUCAUUCCCCUGCGCAAGUCCUCAAGAAGUUCACCCAUGUCCGCAACCUGAGUAUCGAGCUCCCUGCUGGCGACGUCGGAACGGAAGAUGGCGUCUUCUUGAAGUGGAGAGCGGAGUUCGGAAGCACCCUUCAGAACUGUGUGAUAUUGGGUGGGACCAAGAUGGAUCGCAGGCCUUCUUCAGCCAAUCUGGAGGGGUCAGUGGAAGACACUGGGAGCAUACCGGAGCCGUUCUAUACGAAUGGAGGUCUGAAGUUGCGGGUUGUUUGGACUAUCAGCUCCUUGAUUGCUGCUUCCACAAGGCACUAUCUUCUCCGACAGAUAAUUAGGGAUCACCCCACGUUGAGAAGUGUGGUCUUGACGGACGCCGAUGGCCAGGGAACAUUGACCAUGGGAGCGGAGCAGCUGAAAGAGUUCAGAGAGAAGCCAUUGGCAGCCUCUGCAUCAUCAAAUAGGACUCAGGUGCCUGCAUCAAACAUGAAGCUGAGAUACACUCCAUACUUGGAGCUGCCCGAGGGAAUGGCAUUGCAGGGAGCCACGCUGGUGGCUAUCAAGCCCGCAGAAGAGGGCACCACCAGCGGCAAUUGUAGCAGGAAGGACGCUGAGGCAUUUGUUUGUGGGGCAUUUGACGGGCCAUUUCAGGCUGCAGCGAAGGCACUACUGAAGAGACGAACUUAUCUCUUGGAGAUGAAUGGUUUUUGAAUCAAUUCGGCCUCUUGCCUUCGUUCUCUUCCUAUGGCUCGCGGUGGUUCGUUUUGUUUGUUUAUGUGGAACCAGUUGCAGAGUGCCAUUUCCUCAGGAACAGAGGCAUCAGCAUUUGCAGUAGCCAUCCAAUUUUCCUCCAUUCCUGCAUUCCUGUACAGUAAGAAUGUUUUGAUUUACUGAUCUACAUGUUAUAGUGCAUAAAAUGGAGUACCAGUCAUGAAUUCUCAUCUCAACGCUGAGCAUGUUGUGUUUUGGGCUAUACUAAUGUGUUGCCCCCACAAAGUUUCAGUAUCAGUUGUGUACUAUAGAGUGAGAGUAUGACUUAUCACCCACCUCUGCAUAAUAUCUAAGGCUCUUUUAACUGCUCC